UUAAUGCCUUUGUUGCUCUGUCGCAGGGCCCAACAUCUGUACCACACGCGGUGUGAGCUCCUGCCAGCAGUGCCUGGCCGUGAGUCCCAUGUGUGCCUGGUGCUCAGAUGAGGCCCUGCCUCUGGGCUCUCCCCGCUGCAACCUGAAGGAGAAUCUGCUGACGGAUAACUGUGCCCUGGAGUCCAUCGAGUUCCCCAUCAGUGAGGCCAGCAUCCUGGAGGCCAGACCCCUCAGUGACAAGGGCUCUGGAGACAGCUCUCAGAUUACUCAAGUCAGUCCCCAGAGGAUUGCGCUCCGGCUCCGGCCAGAUGAUUCGAAGAGUUUCUCCGUCCAGGUCCGGCAGGUGGAGGAUUACCCUGUGGAUAUCUACUACUUGAUGGACCUGUCUUACUCCAUGAAAGAUGACCUGUGGAGCAUCCAGAACCUGGGUACCAAGCUGGCUUCCCAGAUGCGCAAGCUCACCAGUAACUUACGGAUUGGCUUUGGGGCCUUUGUGGACAAACCCGUGUCACCAUACAUGUACAUCUCCCCACCAGAGGCCCUCAAAAACCCCUGCUAUGAUAUGAAGACCACCUGUUUGCCCAUGUUCGGCUACAAACAUGUGCUCACACUGACUGACCAGGUGACCCGCUUCAAUGAGGAGGUGAAGAAGCAGAGUGUGUCACGGAACCGAGAUGGCCCAGAGGGCGGCUUUGAUGCCAUCAUGCAGGCGACAGUCUGUGAUGAGAAGAUUGGCUGGAGGAAUGAUGCAUCCCACUUGCUGGUGUUUACCACUGAUGCCAAGACCCAUAUAGCACUGGAUGGAAGGUUGGCAGGCAUUGUCCAGCCCAAUGAUGGGCAGUGUCACGUUGGCAGUGACAACCAUUACUCUGCCUCUACUACCAUGGAUUAUCCCUCUCUGGGGCUGAUGACUGAGAAGUUAUCCCAGAAAAACAUCAAUUUGAUCUUUGCAGUGACUGAAGAAGUAGUCAAUCUCUACCAGAACUACAGUGAGCUCAUCCCAGGGACCACAGUGGGAGUUCUGUCCACCGAUUCCAGCAAUGUCCUACAGCUCAUUGUUGAUGCUUAUGGGAAAAUCCGCUCCAAAGUAGAGCUGGAAGUGCGUGACCUUCCUGAGGAGUUGUCUCUGUCCUUCAAUGCUACUUGUCUCAACAACGAGGUCAUCCCAGGCCUCAAGUCUUGUGUUGGACUCAAGAUUGGAGACACGGUGAGCUUCAGCAUCGAGGCCAAGGUGCGUGGCUGCCCCCAGGAGAAGGAAAAGUCCUUCGCCAUCAAGCCUGUGGGCUUUAAAGACAGUCUCACUGUGCAGGUCACCUUCGACUGUGACUGUGCCUGCCAGGCCCAUGCCGAGCCUUACAGCCGCCACUGCAACAACGGCAAUGGGACCUUUGAGUGUGGGGUGUGCCGCUGUGGGCCUGGCUGGCUGGGAUCCCAGUGUGAGUGCUCAGAAGAGGACUACCGCCCCUCGCAGCAGGAUGAGUGCAGCCCCCAAGAGGGCCAGCCAGUCUGCAGCCAGCGGGGCGAGUGCCUCUGUGGCCAGUGCGUCUGCCACAGCAGUGACUUUGGCAAGAUCACGGGCAAGUACUGUGAGUGUGAUGACUUCUCCUGUGUCCGCUACAAGGGGGAGAUGUGCUCGGGACAUGGCCAGUGCAGCUGUGGGGACUGCCUGUGUGACUCCGAUUGGACCGGCUACUACUGCAACUGUACCACACGCACGGACACCUGCAUGUCCAGUAAUGGGCUGCUGUGCAGCGGCCGGGGCAAGUGUGAAUGUGGCAGCUGCAUCUGCAUCCAGCCAGGCUCCUACGGGAACACCUGUGAGAAGUGUCCCACCUGCCCUGAUGCCUGCACCUUUAAGAAGGAGUGUGUAGAGUGUAAGAAGUUCAACCGGGGAACCCUGCUCGAGGAAAAUACCUGCAACAGUUACUGUCGUGAUGAGAUCGAGUCUGUGAAGGAGCUCAAGGACACUGGCAAGGAUGCAGUGAAUUGUACCUAUAAGAAUGAGGAUGACUGUGUCAUCAGGUUCCAGUACUAUGAAGACUCCAGUGGAAAGUCUAUCCUAUAUGUGGUAGAAGAGCCAGAGUGUCCCAAGGGCCCCGACAUCCUAGUGGUCCUGCUUUCAGUGAUGGGGGCCAUUCUGCUCAUCGGCCUUGCUACUCUGCUCAUCUGGAAGCUCCUCAUUACCAUUCAUGAUCGGAAGGAAUUUGCAAAAUUUGAGGAAGAGCGAGCCAGAGCAAAAUGGGACACGGCCAACAACCCACUGUAUAAAGAAGCCACAUCCACCUUCACCAACAUCACCUACCGGGGCACUUAAUGGCAAAGUAGUCGUCCUCCGAUCACUAUCAGACUGUCCCAGGAUUGUGGGCAUCUCUGCUGUCGUGUUUACAGGAGACAAUAUCUGUGGGGUGGGAUUGGGGGCUUGGAGUGGGGUGGGUUGGGAGAAUGUCAGUGAGUGGAAGUGUGGGUCUCUGUGCAUGUGUGCGUGUGAGUGUGCUGCGUGAGGGGGAAUGUAUAAUUUAAAGCUUGUCACGUGUCCUGGAUAAGCAGAGCUCCUCAGCCUUUGUCCUCAGAACACCUCACAUUCUUCCUGCUUCACCUCCUGAAGAUGACCUAGGUAGCUGAGUGGGUGUUCUUCAUUACCUCAGUGAGAAGCCAGCUUUCCUUCACGGGCCAUUCUCCCUGAAGAGAAGGGCAGCGCUGAGGCCUCUUGUUCCAGAAAAAGAGACCCAGACUCUAUCCUGAGUUUAUGGUUCUUGAGCCUGACUCUCAGCAGCUAUGGUAGAAACUGCUGGGUUUUGCAGCCUUGUUGUGUCAUCUGUACCUCUAUCUCCUUCCCUUUCCCUCAGGCUGAAGGAGAAAUCAGGGGAGAGUUGAACCAUCAGAGUCUGUGCCUUUUCCAUCACCUUAGUCCAGCAUGGUUCUCUCAUAGGGGGAGUCCUUGCUACUUAAUUCUUUGAUCUGUUGCAAGAGAUGAUGGCAGGGCCACUCGGGGGCCACGCAUGGCUUGGGAGAAUGUGCUAGGGCCCCCCCGUUCAUAAUCAUCACCCUUCAGAUUUGCCCCAUUGGCAGCUCCACCCUAGAGAUUUGUUUAGAUAUGUUUCACCCUUAGACCAGCACCACUUCUUACCUCCUACUCCCACGCUCUCACUGCUGUUGACAUUUACUACAUGACUGAAAGCUUGGCCUCUGAGGGAGGGUGCUAUGGUUAGAGCCAGGGGUCUGGCCCGCCCUUCAGGCCUUCUGCCCCUUGUCCAAGACACCACCGCACAUCCAAUCUUGUGCUUCUAUGUGCUGUGUCCAUCUAUGGGGCCAACUGCAUUUAUCUACCUCUGGGAUGUCUUGUGAAGGAGUCAUUCCCACGGUCUCCGAGUCUGCUGGGCAUAAGUGCCAGGGUAGAAUGAUGGGCCAGUUGUAUCAGCCUGUGUGGCCUUUUCUCUUGUGGGCUGGGCAACCUCAUUUUAACUCAGUCAUUAAUCUGAGAGGCCACAAGUACAGUUUUAUUUUAUUUUUCUCAUUGGGGCACCUGAAACCAUGAUGAGGCUUACUUAAACCAAAGGAUAUGUAUAGAAACACACUUGUAUUAUAUUUGUAAUUUUAUCUGAUGACAAAGAAGGAGAGGAGGAAAAAUCCACACAGACUUAGGCUGGAUACAGACAGCCCUACUUAGCAUCAUUCAUAGCUCAUGAUUGCCCGGUCAUGGGCUCUGUCAUCCUGGAUGUCUGUGGCGAUGGGUGCAUGGACAUGCUGGACUUUUCCCUGAGGGGGAGGGAAAGUGGCUAUUCUUUUUUUCUAACAAUAGCAGUGACUCUAUUGGUGUUUCCAUUCAUUCAACAUUAACAAACACCCCCAACCUACAAGAAAAAAGGAAGGGCCUAUAAACAGUGGUCUGAUGAUCAGAAAAUCUAAGUCCUGGCCUCAUUGUUAUAGCUAAGGAAUCUUUAACCUUAAUUAAAGCAAGUCACUUUCUUUUCCCUGAGGCUCAGUUUUUCUAGUUUGAAAAAUGAUGGGUUUGGACCAGCCAAUCUAGAAGGUCUCUUUCAGUGUCAGCAUUCUAAGAUGCUGGGACUUGCUGUGAUAUUGAACAUGCAAUGAAGAUUUUGUGGGAUGUUGAUAUUGUUUGUGUUUUUAGAUGGCAGAUCUGAAAGACCUGGCUUUGGCAAGAGCAGAUGUCAUUCCAUAUCACCUUUCUCAAUGAAAAAAAACCUCAUUCUAUCCUGUCUUAGAGCCCCUUCUCCAACUUUUGUUAGCAGUUACAUCUCCUGAUGUAGCACUUAAGCUCCAAUAAGUUCUUAUAUCUUAGUUCACUUUGCACUCAUUUGCACACACAUAUUAGAGAGGAGAAAUCCAAAAGAAGUAGCUGAAAUGUGUAUCCUGUAUCCAGGUGCUAACCUUGAGAGUAAGCCUUGGAAUUAGGAAUGGGGCAAAUGACCGAGCCCUGUCUCACCAUGGAUUACCCUUUACUGUAGGGGAUGGUAAUGUAGUGUGAGGAUAAAAAGGGAAUGGGGAGGGAUGAUAAGGAAUCCAAGAAGUUUAGAACCUAACUAUAACCUUUGGCUACUGAGACAAGAGUCCAUUAGCAUAGUAGUUGGACUUUAGAUAGGAUGGCUUAUAUGAAGAGACUAUAUCAAAGGAGGAAGAAUGGGUAUGUAAAAGAUGAAGACAUCAGUAGGAAUCCUGUCUGAGCUUCUGGAACGGGGCUCAUAGGCAUUGAAGCCAGUGCUGUCUGUAUGUGGGGAGAACCUAUAGCUGAGUUCAGGACAGAACAAACAGCAGUCAGUUUUGGCAUCAUGUGGGGUGAACAUCUAAAUAGUAUUUUGGCAUCAGAAAAUAUAGCCCAAAGAGAUUAUUUGUGCCCUGGUCUGCGGCACAAAUCUCAGGGUCUGCGGACAAUAAUGGGAAGCUUUGAACAUUCCUGAGAAGUUGUCAUACAAGGAGUCAUGUUCUUUACUUUUCAGAUAUUCCUAGACCAUCCAAGAUUUCAAGAGACUUCUCUUUGUUAAGUAUUCCUGGUUGAAAUGACCUAAGUGCCUUUCUGACUUCCUAACCACCUCCUCUGUUUGAGUUGUGUAACAGUGAAUUAAAUGUGUUUUCCAAAAAGAA